AUGCUUCGACGCGACUUCCUGAAGACAACGGCAGCCGCCGCGGUCGCUAGCGUGACGCAGCCGACCUUCGCCGCAACCGAGCCGCCGCGCUACCGCGUGGCCGUGUGCGACUGGAUGAUCCUCAAGCGGCAGAAGCUCGCCGCGUUUGGUCUCGCCGACGAGAUCGGCGCCGACGGCGUCGAGGUGGAUAUGGGCGGGCUCGGCCAGCGUGAGACCUUCGACAGCGCCCUUGCCGACGCUGCGACGCGCGAGAAGUUCCUUGAAGAGUCUGCUAGUCGUGGCGUGGCGAUCUCUUCGAUCGCGAUGUCGGGCUUCUACGCGCAGUCGUUCGCUGAGCGGCCCACCGUGCCGCGAAUGGUGGGCGACUGCCUGGAGACGAUGAAGGCGAUGGGCGUGCGGGUCGCGUUCUUGCCGCUGGGCGUGCAGUCGGACCUCGUGAAGCAUCCGGAAUUGCGGCCCGCGGUCGUCGAGCGGCUCAAGCGCUGUGGCGAGCGAGCGGCCGACGCGGGGCUCAUCCUCGGCGUCGAGACCGCUUACGACGCGUCCCGUGAGGCCGAGUUGAUCGACGAGGUCGAUUCGCCCGGCGUGCGGAGCUACUUCAACUUCGCCAACGCGUUGCAGAACGGCCGCGAUCUGGUCAGCGAAUUGCAGACGCUCGGCGCCGGACGCAUCUGCCAGAUCCACGCCACCGACGAGGACGGCGUUUGGCUGGAAAACAAUACGCGUCUCGACAUGGCCGCCGUCAAAGCGGCGCUCGACGCGAUGGGUUGGCGCCUGAUCCUGCGAGUUGAAAGCCGCGCGCUCACGGCGAGCAACCACAGCGGGGUCUUCGUCAGCGCUGAGCGGCGCAAUCGCGAAUCGCAGCGUGUGCUCAACGGGCAACACCGCGUAUCGCUUCAGCACUCCCGGCCCGCAACUGCUGUUGCCCAGGCCGCACUGAGCGGCGUCGAUCGACAGGACGGACUCGGCACGCGGCUUGAGAUCGACCCAGCGCUUCGCCGUGGCGAGGUCAGCGGCGGUAUAAGGGAGCGCCGAGAACGCGAAGGGGUCGCCCGUCGCUGCGACAACGAGACCCUUGCCGUCCUUGUCAGUCACUGCCGCCCAGCGUGUCUCUUCAUGAGAGCCAGUCUCCUGCGGGCGCGGGUACGGCGUCGCUUGUUCGCAGACAACGCCUUGAUAGCGGCCGAUGUCGCACGCCGCUUGGCGAUCGGGAUAACUCUCCCACGGGCCGCGACCGAACCAGUCGAUUUGAUCCAAGCCGGCGACUAA